AAUGCCAGACAAACUGUGAGCCUUCAGAGGAAGAUGGGGUUUGGGCAGGACCUGCGCAACUCCCAUGAGAGCCUUAUCAAGCUGCAGGACUGGGAGCUGAAGCUGCUGGAAACAGUCAAACGUUUUAUGACCCUGCGAGUAAAGAGCGACAAAGAGUACGCCUCACUUCUCCUCAACAUCAGCCAACAGGUGGACAAGCAUGACAACUCCUCCCAGCUUAAUUACAUCAGCAACGUCUCUAAGUCGUGGGCUCACCUGGUCCAGCAGACAGAGCAGCUGAGUAAGAUAAUGAAGUCCCAUGCCGAGGAACUGAACUCAGGGCCUCUUCAUCGCCUCACCAUGAUGAUCAAAGACAAACAGCAGGUGAAGAGGAGCUACCAGAACUUUCACCAGCAAUUAGAGUCUGAGAUGACCAAGGUUACAAAAAAUGACCUUGAGAAGUUGAAAGGUGUCUACAGACAGUUAAGUAAGGAUGCCCACUGUGCCAAAGAGAAGUACAGAGAAGCAGUUGCUAAAGGUAAAGAGCCGGAGAAGGCACGUGAGCGCUAUGACAAAGCAACCAUGAAGCUCCAUAACCUGCAUAACCAGUAUGUGCUGGCGGUGAGGAGUGCCCAGCUCCAUCAGGAGACCUAUCAUGACAGCACGCUGCCCCUGCUGCUGGACUCUCUGCAGAGGAUGCAGGAGGACAUGAUCAGUGCUCUAAAGGGGAUUUUGGAAGAAUACAGUGAGAUCACUAGUCUUUUAACAGAUGAAAUAGUCAAGGUCCACAAAGAAAUCCACACUUCGAUCGAACAAAUUGAUCCUGUGACAGAAUAUGAGAACUUCAUCGAAGUAUAUAGAUUGCCAGAAACCAAAGAGCCAAGUGUAGAAUUUGAUGUCUCACUAUUAGAGGAAACAGAAAACCUUCAAGCCAAUGAGAUUCUCUGGAACAAUUUGACAGCAGACAACUUACAAGCAAUGCUGAAAUCCAUGUCAGAGGAGCUUCUCGUCACCCAGCAGAGUCUGCGCAGUAAAGAGGAACUCCUCCUCGAUCUGGAGAAUAAGAUUGAAGAGUCCACCAGAACCUGUGAAAAGAAGUCAGAUGUUGUGUUGUUGCUCAGUCAAAAGCAGUCCCUGGAGGAGCUGAAGCAGACUGUGCAGUUGUUGCGAUGCUCUGAGGCCAAGCUGAGUGUGCAGAAAGACCUGCUGGAGCAGAAGAUGCAAGAGAAUGAUGGCAAAGAGCCUCCACCUGUGCUUAACUACGAAGAGGAUGCCCGUUCAGUCAAUUCAAUGGAUAAAAGCAAAGACAGGAUAUCAAAGUUCGACACCCUUCGAAAUUCCAUCGCUGGCAUAAUUCGCUCACCAAAGUCUGUCCUAGGAUCGUCUUCAGUAAGUUUUUUCGAUGUGAUACCUACCAGUGAGAAACCUCUGGCUGAACAGGAAUGGUAUCACGGAGCCAUUCCCAGAACUGAGGCCCAAGAACUGCUCAAACAGCAAGGAGACUUUUUGGUGCGAGAGAGCCAUGGAAAACCUGGAGAGUAUGUGCUGUCUGUUUUCUCGGACGCACAAAGAAGGCACUUCAUCAUCCAGUUCGCCGACAAUCUAUAUCGGUUUGAGGGCACUGGAUUUCCAACCAUUCCACAGCUGAUAGAACAUCAUUACACAACAAAGCAAGUCAUUACCAAAAAGUCUGGAGUUGUGCUUUUAAACCCAGUCAUCAAGGAUAAAAAAUGGAUUCUUAAUCAUGAAGAUGUUAUUCUUGGAGACCUUCUGGGCAAAGGAAACUUUGGUGAAGUCUACAAAGGAACAUUGAGAGACAAGACUCCAGUGGCAGUAAAAACCUGCAAAGAAGAUCUGCCCCAAGACCUGAAGAUAAAGUUCCUGUCAGAGGCACGGAUCCUUAAGCAGUAUGACCAUCCCAACAUUGUAAAGUUAAUAGGGGUCUGCACACAAAGACAACCUAUUUAUAUAGUGAUGGAGCUGGUGUCAGGUGGGGACUUUUUAUCGUUCUUGCGGAAGAAAAAGGAAGACCUGAAGACCAAACAGCUGGUGAAGUUUGCUUUAGAUGCUGCCGCGGGCAUGGCUUAUCUGGAGCUCAAGAACUGUAUCCAUAGGGACCUGGCCGCCCGUAACUGCCUAGUGGGAGAGAGCAACCUGCUGAAGAUCAGUGACUUUGGGAUGUCAAGACAAGAGGAUGAUGGGAUCUACUCAUCCUCUGGCCUGAAACAGAUCCCUAUAAAGUGGACCGCACCGGAGGCUCUGAAUUAUGGGAGAUACAGCUCAGAGAGUGAUGUGUGGAGCUAUGGGAUUCUCCUUUGGGAGACCUUCAGUCUGGGAGUGUGUCCCUACCCAGGCAUGACCAACCAGCAGGCUCGAGAACAAGUGGAGAAAGGCUAUAGAAUGUCGUGCCCUCAGAAAUGCCCAGAGGAGGUCUACAAAAUCAUGCAGAGGUGCUGGGAGUACAAGCCUGAGAAUCGGCCAAAGUUUGCAGAGAUUCAAAAAGAACUGGCUGCAUUCAAGAAAAAAUAGCCUCAGCAGGUAACAAAGAGGGUAAGGAUCCAGUCUACCCAUAACACCCAGUGACCUCCCUUCCCUCCAGCAGAAAAGUCUCAGCCUCUACACUACACAUCAGCAUUGUACUGUUGGCGUGAUGGAGUGCUCUGUGUCCCAUAAGCACUGUGUGAAUUGCCUAUGCAACAGCUGUUUUGAGCCAUUAUGGAGGAAUGAGGUCUCAGUUUCACUCUGUCUGUG